AUUGAUAGUAUGACAGAUGUUACUCUUCAAAUCACAAGGACUCAGAGUUAGAUGUUCUGAUCCAUCCUGAUAAAUGCACCUUCUCUUACGGACUUGUCAGGACACGCCAGCGUUAUGCCGGUUGGUUUUGUAAGCAGAGGAAUGUCAUUUUGCAGAAUUUGCAGUGGAGCAGAACCGCGACGAAAUCCAUGUCUGCAAGGUAGAAUUUGUGACAGGAUUAUACAAAAUCGAAGCAAUACAUGCAAAUCCAAACACUGAUUACUCGCUGUACAAAAUGCACUUUACUCUUUUGUGCGCAGUUUUUAUUUUUUUUUUAUUUCUGCUCCUUUUCUGCUUUAAGGUUCUUUUUGCUGAAAAGGUCUUGUUCCGCGCAUGACAAAAAGCCGGCUUUGUUUUUGGGGAGUGGGCUCCGCAUCCCGGGACCCCCGACGCAAGCGUGUCCACCGGCUGGAGACGUGGCACAGCCUCCGGUCAUAUGAUUUGAGUUGCGAGACGAACCCCACCCCGGUGCUGCCCACCACAAAGUCACUUUUUCACGCGCGGAUCCAAUAUAUCAGUGUCAAGUGUGCGUGGGACCGUCUGCCGUGAUAUGACAUGUGUUGCGAGAAUAUUCACUGCUUAUAUCAGCAUAAACGCUGGACCUGAUUUAGUGUGGGUGACCACCCAAAACAGAGCCAUUUUUAGACGUUUACUGCUGACGUUUACAGCGGCUUCAAAUAGCUUCCGUUUUACUCUGGUAGUGAUUGGGCUGUUCUCCACUCACCCAGUGAGCUAACACACUGGUUGAAGUCCGACAUUCUACACUUCAAUGGAGGAACAGCCCAAAGAUCGGGCACAAGACAAAAAAUACCACCACCACGGAGAGGACAGAAGCUCCGUUGAACGUAUAACCUGUCUAAAACAUGAUCAGAGCCACUUCCAGCGCCAGCAUCAGGAAACGCAGACGAAGAAAACAGGCAUUAAAAAAGUGAACAUCGGCGACGAGGAGGGGGAGAAGAAUACACAUCGCUCUGAUUUCCUUGGUAUGCCCCAUCCCCCCAACAGCAAUGGCAACAAACAUGUGAAGCAGAGGUUAACACAAAAGCUGUACACGACUGUUCCCAAAGUGAGGAGCAAAGGGUUGGACCAUAAGAAGACUAUGGACCUUAAAAAUGACAAGGACAAAGCAGUGGAUGUGAAUCAUUAUGAGGUCCAACUUUUGGAUAAGAAAGACUCCGUGUUGCAUCAAAAUGGUAUUGUAAACUGUGGCUUAAUUAUAAAUGGCUAUUCCAGCAAGGACAAUGACGGCAGCGGUUCCGAAGGUGGAUAUACUACUCCGAAGAAGCGCAAGGCCAGAUGCAACAACACCAAGAACACUGAUCAUUUGAUGAGAGAAAAGGACAAAGACAUGCAGCAGGGCAACACUACACAGGAGCCUGGGGCUUUUAAUUCUGAGACGACUGAGAAGGGAAUGACUUCGAGACUCGACGGCUUUAGAGUCGCCCAUAAAUUAGAAGCCCAAUCGACUGCUAGACGGCCUGUUGUUUCAGAGGCUUUAACGGGUGAAGCUCAGAGGAAAGGCUCUGAGGGAAAAGCUGUUGGCAUGUUUGGUAAAAAAUCAGAGGAGCGGCACAAAGCCAAACUUUCCUCACCUUCAAAAGAGGACUCCUGGACUUUGUGCAAGCCCCCUCCAGCAUUUCCUGUGGACAAUAGCAGUGCUAAAAUUGAUUCCAAGAUCAGUUAUGCAAGUAAAGUUAAAGAGAACCUCAACAAAGUAGCUCAAGGUGGAGGAGAGGCACUGCCGCCUCCUGUUAGACUGUCGCAGGUCCCAAUGUCUGCUAUGAAAACUAAAACCUCAGCUAGCUUUACUAAUGGUCCUGGAAAUGGCACCUUCUUUGCUACUGCUGCUAGUUGUAUUCCACCAGCCCCAUCUAUCCCGAGUGGCGAGAAUGUAGCAUGUUCUUUGGAAAGUAACCGUAGCUCUACUACCAGUCCUGUAGUUGGGGAUGCAUACGAGCCUCGGAAGUGUGCUCUUUUAAUUUACCCUUUAAAUAUGCAACCUGUGCUCCCCAGCGCUCGUCACCCCGACCCCCCAACCGCUCAGACAAAUCAGAAAGCCUUGGGGGACAUCUUCCAGAAUCAGUGGGGGCUUUCUUUUAUCAAUGAGCCCAACCUGGGCACGGAAGGCGUGUCCAAUGUCCAGGUGCCUGCAGAGGGCACGACUACUGUGGGGGCUCAAAGCGAGUGUCCGGCUGGCGCAGUCCAGGUGGCCCAGCCCUGCUUUGAUGUCGACCCAUCUCUCCUAGAGCCAGACGACCCUGAGAAAAGGACUUGUGCCCCAUGCAAUGUGUCUGACAUCUGUUCUACUGCUUGUGUAAUUAGCGAGGAGGAGAAAAAGCUGCAGCUUUAUGGCCAAGAAAAGACAAAAGUUGAGGCCAAAAGUGCAGGUUCUGCUGUGGCAGAGCCCAUUACAGACAUCGGUGCUAAGUCUGCACAGGGCCAGGUAACCAGUUUGUUGUUUGGUUCAACGAAAGACCCGGUCCACUCUAAAGAUGCUGGUAGAAGAUUCAGCUGGGGAUCCUUUGACGUUAAAGCUGCUGUCACUUAUCACACUAAAGAAAUGGAAUCCAUUUGCAACUUGCAAAAACAAGAUCCUAAACGAGUAGUGGUUUAUGAUGAGACCAAGGAUGGACCUGAUCAGUGAGGUAGAUGGUCUACAGAACUUUUACCUUCUUCUCUUCUGGGUGCUGCAGUUACCUACCUUGGAAAUCAUAAGUCCUCUUGGAUAGAAAAAGUGACAGCUGUGAAAACAUUGAAAGUUUAGCAUGACACAUUUUCCCUUGGAAUCUUAGGUGGAACAGACAUUGUUGGCGACAUCACACAAACACAAACAUUCUGGAGGGACGUUCAGGUUGAUUGGUGCCUCUCCACAUCAUGAAUGGACUCUUUGAGCUGUGAUUGCUGUUUGUCUUGUUGCUCUUUAAGGAUGACUUCACCACAAUGAGCUCAACAAAAGGAAGGUGCAGCUCACUGCACCUCUCUUAGCCUUUAUCUGGUUGAACUUUGGCAGCCAUUGGGAUGACUAUGGGAUGCCUCAGUCAAUUUCUUUCUUCAUGCAUUCAAAUGAGUUCAAUGUAGAUAUGUUAGCCGUUAUACAUACACAUCUGUGUGCAAGCUUGAGUUCACCGUGGAUGAGAGGAGAACACACUUUGCAAAGAAUGCCUUGAAGUUGGAGUCUUGGUAAACUAAGUUAAGUGCUCAUAGCUGAGGCCCCACCCAGGAAGGGAGAACCUUGUCUUAAAUCCUUUUAUGGGGAAUUUAAAGCCCAGAAAUGAAACGCUUGCUUUUCCUUUCAUAUGGUUUCUUCAAACCCAAAACGAGUGUUAUCUGCACUGCAGUAAGACCCCAGAGCACAGGUACAAAAGUGCCCGAGUUGAAGGAACGUUGCGCCCUUUCGUUUCAUUUCAAUGCAGGUGUGCUAACGAUUUCAAAAUCAGGUCUCCGUUAUAUCUUAAAGCUUUUUUUAAAAACCAUUUCAUGCACAUUAUUACGAUGUCAGUGCUGGCUGUUAAAUUCAGACUGUGGUUUGAGUUCAGACUUGAACAGUGAUUUCAGUAGAGGCAUUGUUUCCAGUUACUUCUGUGUUCUGUGCUGUUGACUCAGCAGCAAGACUCAGGAUGUCCAGAUGUACUCUUCUCGUCAAAGGAACAUGUUUUGUAUUUUAUGACUUAGGGCUUUUUUUAAUUACUUUGCUGUCAUAUAGCAUUGUAUUACUUGCAUGUUUACUGGUGGAAAGGAUUAAGUCCGAGGUCACUGUUCACCACAACACAAAUUACAGUAACCCAACAGUUGCAAUACUAAUCUAGGUUCCACAACUUAGCCACUUUGUCGAGUUGUGUUGAAAUGUGAACGUAAGUUGUACCAUUAUGGUUUACUGUGGAUAAUAUUUGCAAACCAGUGUGCAAUAACACUAUGUAACCCAUACAUGUUCAAUGGGUUGUACGUAGGUCAUCAACAAUGCUGGUGUGGCCUGCAGUUCAUUAGUUUAAUGUCCAGUUUGCAUUUUUUGUUUAUUGCACAAUUAGUUGUUUUUUCCCAAAAGAAACUUUUAUUUAAGUCUAGGGAGCCCAAUUGUACUAACUGCUAACUGGCCAGCUGUGACGUCAUAUUCAUUACCACCUCCAAAUCAGGAUUAGUUUAUUCAGCAGAGAGAAGAAACUGCCCUGGUUUCUUUAAUCUACAUAAUAUGAUUUGGUUAACGUGUGGAUUAAUAGCACUUUAUGUAAACUAAUUGCUUUUAUCUUAUAAUGACUAGAGAGAUCUAUAUGUACCGACAAGAGAUACUCUUAGAAAGAAUGGCUCUGGGCUGUUACUUCUCAGAAAAAAUACGUUGAUUAAUACACAAUUAUUAAAUGUUAACUCAGGUAGUGUUGAUAAAGCCAUGACUGUGUUAAAUAUUGUUUUUGCCAAAUGAACCAUGUCACAUAAUGUCAGAAUUGGAAAUGUUGAAUUGGAUUCCUAUUAUAUGUAAUGUCAUGAUGUGACUAAACACCAAAUAAUUACUUUGGAGAAGAACUGACAUGACAUGCAAGGUGGAAAUGUUCCCUACCCCCCGCGUUGUUUAAAAAAAGCACAUUGCUCCAUGCGCUGUUUUCUACGAGUGUGUUUGCAACCUUCGAUGGUCUCCCUUGUGUUUUCAUAGUAAAGCACCUCUUGGUUUUCUUCCUAUUAUUAUGGCUAAACAUCCGUGGUGUGUUUGUGGGCUAGCUACAAUCUGGGACUGAGCUUUCAAGUAGGCGUCUAUCCACUGUGUCCUGAUUAGGCGGCCGCUCGCUCUGGUGCACAGAGAGAGAGAGAGUCACCGCUGUAGCAGCUGUCUGGACAUCCAGCUUGUCCAGUUGCAGUCAGCACCUCCUGGUAGUCCCAAUGUUUUGUCACUGCUUCCACUGUGCAGUGUGUGUGUGUGUGUGUGUGUGUGUGUGUGUGUGUGUGUGUGUGUGUGUGUGUGUGUGUGUGUGUGUGUGUGUGUGUGUGUGUGUGUGUGUGUGUGUGUGUGUGUGUGAUGGAUAAGAACAACUGGCUGAUGGGGAAUUAAGGCUAUUAGAGGAGAUAUAGCCCAUUAGCAUGUAGAUAGUUAUGUUUUUCUAUGCUGUCCUUGCAUAAUGUUAGAGAAAGGUUUUGAUUUAUUUCUUCUGAUUGCCCUCAAUUCAUAGACAAAGUAACACAAUCAGGUUGACUUCAUGGAACAGCAUGAGUGGACAGAGAUGCAGCUAUAGGCUAGUAAGAGUGAUCAGAAAGAGUAGUAUGCGAUAUUACUGUAGUCUUGAGUAAUACUUCUUUUUGAGAGAGAGAGGGGGAGGAUGGUCCUGGUGGAGGGACACCAGAUAAUCCCCCAUCAUUCUCCCCCAUGGUUCCUCGUUUCCAAGCACUUAAACCUGCAAAAGGCUACGUUGAAUAUGCAUUUUUAAAGAGAACUAUUAGCAAUGUAGCCUGCAAACCAAAAAAAAACACAGGUUCUUGAAGCUGAGUAGAUGUUUAAUCAGUGAUUUAAGGGGAGAGGGGGCUUGAGUGAGUGACUGGCGUGUUGAAAAAGAGAAGCCUGAUCAUGUGGAGUUUCUGCUUCCAACCCUUCAGGAUGCGCAAUCACCUCAAGCACCGAUGCAGGUUGUGAGCGGCGCAGUUCGGCCUCGUUUUGUGGGUGUGUGCGUAACGAGUUCUUCCUAUUAUAUGCAAGUUUCCCCGUGUAUUUCUAGCCCCCUCCCACACUGGUGUUUCUUGUUCAGGUGCCUAUGUGGAGGAAAAAAAAGUUUUGAUUGUUUAAAAAUCUGCUUCCAACAUAUUCUCUAUUUGUGCCAUUUUGUUGUUGUUUUUUUUCUUUUUUUUACAAAUGCAAUGUUUUCAGUUUUCUAACCGCUAAUCUUCUUUUUAAGCAACACAGACGCAGCUAAAAGCAAUGAGCAAUUUUUAAUCUCUGUAGUUUUUCAACUUGUCAUGGUUUGUGUUCAGAAUCGUGUGACCUAUAGCCAAAACCAGUAUGAACGGGGCAGGGCUGUCGUCAUGGUGAUGUCUGAAGUAGCACAUCAUUGAUUUAAACCGAUUUUAACAAAUUAAUGUUGUAACAUUUGUUUUAAAAAUGUUUAAAUUCUUUGAGUUAACCCAAUUUAUCUUUAGAUGCACACGUAGGAUGAGACUAAACGGCAUAAAUGAAAUCAAGAUUGCCUCACUUCUGAUGCGUCGUAGAUGAAUUUAGUUGUUGAUUAAGGCUGAUGUAGAGCUACUUUCCCAUAUUAGCACCAAUCUUAAUAUAUUUGAAGUUGCAGUUUCCAACAGAUUUUAUACAAAUGUGCUCCUUCAGAUAGUGGAGCAUUGAAACACGCUGCGUCGCAGAGUUCCUUGUACUGUUUUAAUUUGUUUGCUAGCGUUGUGUCAUGAGGUGGAGCGAGGUGUCAAACAACGAAUCUGCUUUCGCCAAAGGUACACUCACUACUCAGAUAUUCAGCUACUGAAUGACGAAUGCACAGACGGGAGGCCUUGUUAAUGAUGUCAAAAGCAGCUCCCUGACGCCGCCCGUGAGGUUUUUAUAAGGUGAAAACAAGUCACUACUGUAGCAGCUGAAUGUCACUUUGAGCGUGUUAUUAAACGGUGCAAGAGAGAAGAAAUUACAAAAAAAACCCAAGAUAAAUACCGAAAGUGCUGCUUCUUCAUCCAGUAAUCAGUCGAAAUGGGAAAUGCUGGACUUGGUGUUUGUGCUCGACUUAAACUGUCCCUCUUUUAACCUGUCAUUGCCUCUCGGAAGUGUUCAUUCAGAGGCGUUUUAGCGUUUGUUUUAGCGAGUGACACACAAGCGGUGCAGUGUUUGUGAAUCCAGACGGAUUCAGUCGUGGAGAGAGGUGAUGUGUUGUUAGGCGUCAUCUUUUUCUUUGUGUUCGUGUGUCAUCUCAAAUGGCUGUUGUUGUACCUGUUGAUGCAUAUUUUCGUGCAUCCCCAACCUAAAAUAAGAGGCAAUAGAAUUUUAUUUCUCAAAUGUCUUACAGGUUGACUUUUUAAGUGAGCGGUCUAAUUUAACUUUUGUUUCGUUUUGAUUUGAACGGACGUGUCACAUUACAAUACAAUGUUGUUUUUUUUAAAAGGAAAAAAAAGCAUGAUGAUAAUAACCCUCAAAUUCCAAAUGAUGUAAUAGUCAAUAAAGAAAUAAACAAAACCUCCAGUGUUCACAAUUUUAGUUUCCAUUAAAAAGUCAAAUUUUCAUGAAAA